AUGCAUCCAGGAGUAUUACAUCGACGAUUCCUCAAUGACCUUUCAUCUUCUUUAUUCUCGUUUGUUCUGCCUUUGUUACCUACCAAUGAGGAGCUUCACGUGAAAGAAGAGGUAAGAGGGUUGAUCGAGAAAUUGAUAAAAACCAUCGAACCGUCCGCCCGGCUGUUGUCAUUUGGGAGUAGCUGUAAUUCUUUCGGAUUGAGAAAUUCCGACAUGGACUUGGUGGUCUUGAUUGACGAUUCGGAGGCCAACAUUGAACCAUCACAUUUUGUCGCUAUGAUUGCUGACUUACUUGAGAGGGAAACUAACUUUGAUGUGAAACCAUUACCCAAAGCCAGAAUACCAAUUUUGAAGCUCAAUCUGAAAGCUUCCACAGCUCUUCCCUUUGGCAUCGCUUGUGAUAUCGGUAUUGAGAAUCGACUAGCUAUCGAGAACACCCGCUUGUUGCUCACUUACGCCACCAUAGAUCCUGCCCGUGUCCGCACUCUCGUUCUUUUCUUGAAAGUUUGGGCAAAACGAAGACGGAUAAACUCUCCAUAUCGAGGCACACUAUCUUCAUAUGGCUUCACACUUAUGGUGUUGUACUAUCUAGUACACGUCAAACAACCCCCAGUACUCCCUAAUCUUCAGCGGAUAGCACCCUUACGACCUAUGACGGAAGAACAAUACACGUUGGAAGGGAAGAAUGUGUACUUCUUUGAUGAUGUCGAGACAUUGCGGAACGAAUGGUCAAGUAUCAACUUUGAAUCUGUCGGCGAGUUGUUGAUAGACUUUUUUCGAUAUUUUUCACAUGACUUUCAAUUCAAUAAUUCUGUAUUAUCCCUGAGAGCAGGCCAGCUCACAAAAGAAAGCAAGGGAUGGGUCAAUGAUAUUGAUGUUGGAGGAGUGAAUGAGAUGGCCAGGGAUAGGAAUAGAUUGUGUAUUGAGGAUCCAUUCGAGACGACAUACAACGUGGCUAGAACAGUGACAAAAGAUGGAUUAUAUACAAUCCGUGGAGAAUUCAUGAGGGCCACUCGAAUCCUCACCCAACGACCCGAUCGUGCAGUGCUAGCAUUAGCUGAACUAUGUCGUGAAAGAGAGGAAGAACUCUCACAUGCUCCUCGAUCCGCUUCACCCGCUCCACGCGCGUUAUCAGCCACCCGAACACCUUACACUCAUCCAACAACUUAUAACGGUUAUCGUUCUCAAUCUCAAACUCCAUUCGAAAGAUUAGGUCCUGUGAACAUGUACGAAACUCCUGUCAGGCGUGGAAGACAAAGUGAAAGUGAUUCAUAUGACGUUCCACAUUCAGCUCAAGAUUUAUGGUUACAAAGUCAAGGUUCUAAUCUAGGUGGAAUGGGAAGUUUAGGAUUGAGUGAUACUUUUGAAAGAGGUAGAGAAAUGUUUAAAGGUUUAGAAACUCCUGGAAUGACAUAUCGACAAUCUACAAGAUUAACAACUUUUGAUAAUGUUAUCCCUGGUCCAAAUUCUGGAUCAGGACAGGGACAGGGACAGGGACAGGGAUCAGGAUCAAUGUCAGCUCCAAUGAGUCCACAUAGAUUAUACGCUCAAUUAGAAAUGGGAAAAGGUUUAUUACCAAAUGUUCAUUGGCCUAAUUAUAAUAAUACAUCUGGAACGAUCACUUCAACAUCUUCUAUACCAUCUUUACCUUCUAUCUCACCACAUGGAUCUAAUCAAACAAGAUCGGAAAGUUUGAACAGAUCAAGACCUUUGACUUCAAGUUCGAAUUUAUCAAAUCUAUCGAAUUUCUCAAACUCCGGAAUUCAAGGAAUGAAUUCGAAUAUACCAAACGUAUUGAAUUACACUCCUGGAAAUAUUCAAGAACCAAUGAGUCCUUUACCACCUUUUAUGCCUUUCUCACCACCAAUGCCUCAAACAACAUUAAGACCGUUGAAUGGUGAACCUGCGAAUUACAUUUCCCCUUCGACUUUAUUAUCACCUCCUACGAUAUCUGUCCCACUUUCAGGAGAUCCACAUGAAGCCCCUCAUCAAUUAUCUCAUACAUCUCCUGGUCAAGCUAUUGGUGGAUCUAUGGACGGUUUCAAUCGACUUCCCCCGAGGAAUCUUGGUAUCUCCGAUCAUGUCAUAGGUCAAUCAUCUGGAAUCUCCCACAAGGCCUCUGAUCUCCCUGCAAUUCCGAAUAGACCAUCUGGACAAGUAUCUGCGACUGUGGGUGGUCCUGGUUAUCUGACCGCUGGAGCCGGGCAAGGUUCUGUAGGGAUGUCAGAUGGAGUGAUCGGAGAUGGGAAGAUAGUCGUGGGUGCAAUAGGGAAAGACAAGUCUGACUCGGUGGACACGUUGGUUAAAGGGUUCAACAAGUUGGGCGUUGAUCCACCUGGUCAAGGUGUGGAGAAUGAUGCUAAAGUGCAUAAGGAUGUGGAACGGUCGGGAAGUGGACGAUGACAUUGAGCAUGAAAAUGGGGAGGGGGGGGGGGGGGAUGUUGCAGGAAAAGAAAGGAUGGUUGGAAUGGAUGGAUGAACAUUGCAUCAUAACAUUUUUUUGCAUCUGACAAUUCUCUUGCAUAUGCAUGACUGUCUUGAUUGCUCUGU